AUGGGACUGAAUGCGAGAGGACUGGAAGAGAAUCUAUGGCAACUAUCAGCCUUGCCAAUCGAUAGUCAAAAUGAUUCCGAAGGCUGGGCGACUACGAGCUUGGUAGAAAAAGACAGGCAUCCUGAAUACAUAAUACACUGGAAAGGGGAAGGCGUGGAUGGUUACAGUUUACAGUUCCGCCAUUUGGAAUUCCGUGGUGCACUAUCAGCAGUACUGGAAACCUCAGUUGUCGAUGUAGCAUUUGAAGACGCUUUGGACUACACGGGCAGCGUGGAAUUACAAGCAAGCAAGCUAGUACAGUUUAAUUCAGCGAUGCAGUACAUACAUAUUCCUCGGAACAUACACAGAAAAUCUCUGGUGGAAGCGGCAGAGCGAUGCUCCCUUAUUCACGCUUUAUAUGACAUUGUUUCUGCAAGCGACGCGUAUCCGCCAUUGGCAUCAUCGGCUAUUCAGAAUAAUGGGUUCGGAGACAUGUACAGCGGUUCACAGAACGAGGAGGCAACUUGGUGUGUACGUGUUCGGCGUUUUGGACAAUCAUUGUGCAGCGAGAAAGAGAAGCGGUACGGCGCUCGCGCCCGGUCGAUGAAAUUGGAAAAAGAAGCUCUCAAAGCUCUUGAACCCCUUCUACUUCAAUUCGGCGGAAAGGUAAAUCUCAAUUCACCAGACUGCAAAAUCUACAUUUUCGAUGGGCUUGUAAGAACGGACAAGGUGUUAGCGAGACGAAUCACCUCCGGUCCGCGGGUGUUCGCUAUUGCCCCCAACACUCGCAUUUGUGUUACCAACACCCCAUUAUGCCCUGUCGCUGCAUUUUUGCUUUGCAAUGUUGCCGGUAUAAGAAAAAUCGUUUCUAUCCUGGACCCAUACGUGGGUUCGGGCGCCAUUUUAUUGGCAGCAGCCAUGAUUCAACCAAGUUGCCGGUCUGUCGGUAUUGAAAUUGCCGAUAAUGGAUAUGUCAACCGAGACGAUAUUUUGCUCGAUUUUGAUACGCGGAACUUGACGCGGCCUUUGGCUUUACUGCAUGGUGACUCAACCAAUGAGCUCAUGAGGGAAGAAGCCAAGAAAGCGAUCGGCAACGAUGCGUUCGAUUUGAUCAUUACCGACCCACCGUACGGCAUACGAGAAUCGUCAAACUACAACACGUUAACUCCAGCGGAAGAGCUGUUUCAGUCCAUCGCGAAAGAUCGAGACUUAGGCAGACGUUUGUUGAAAAAAGGUGGGCGCCUGGUAUGCUUUGUCCCGUGCAAUGAAGAUGAGAAUCUAGAAGAUGUCUUACCGAGUCGGGAACAAGCGGAAUCGGCUGGCUUGCAGUGCGAAGUUGUACGAGAGCAACCGCUCAACGACAGUCUAAGUCGGUGGCUUGUGUCGUACCUGUGCGUACGGUAGAUACUUUCAUACCCAACACAUUCUCUUAUCUAAAAACGUGGAGAGAAUAGCUAUGCCGUCAGAUAC